GGCCGGCCGCACGACUACUUCAAAGAUGUCCAGAAUAUACGAAGACGUGGACUCCACAUACGCAGAGGCAUGUAGUGACGUCACGCUCUGCUCUAACAAGAAGGGUUUCUUCAAGAACUUCGCAGAGGAAAUAGUUUCAAUAGCUGAAUCAAACGAAUGGCUGGAGACAUUCGAAAAAGUCGCAGAUGGGGAGAAAGUUGCUGCGGUUAUGGAAAAUGAAGCGAUAAUGAGUACAAUCCGCGAAGUAUUCUCCCGUAUCCAGCCUCUCCACCGUGGUAAAGACGCGCGGGUGUCUCACGAGAGGCGCCUCGCUGCUCAAGCGGCGAUCGAAUCCGGGGACUUGAGUAAGGCGUUUGGCAUGGCUAGCCAGGCUGUGCUGCGAGCGCCUAUGACUGGAGUAGAUGAAGUAAUAGACGGUGGAGUAUCCCUCGCUUUAGCGCUAUGGGUGAGAUCGGAAGUGUUACUGAAGAUGAACAAGCCAUAUUCGGCUCUUGAAGACUUGAAACUGGCGUUGAAGGAACGGCUGCCAGCUAAAAUGCGAGCUCAGUAUUAUUGGCGUAUGGGACACUGUUAUAAAGGAGCAAAAGAACCUACUAGAGCGAAAGUAUCCUACGAGCUAGCUGGUAGAUUAUUAGGAAAGGAUGAAGCUGCUCAGAAAGAAUUACAAGAAGACAUAGCAUCGCUAGAUUAUACUGUGAAACCUAACCCAACAUUGAGUAAAACAGGUGUACCGCUGACAGGUGGUGGAAAGCUCAAUAUACCCGCCUUAUCUAAUCUCGUGAAAAUAACCGAAGAGGAAGAGAAGGGACGUUUUGUAGUGGCUAAAGAUCAGAUAAAAACCGGCGAUGUGCUUCUCGUGGACAGUCCUUACGCCGCCUGCUUGAUGUCGGAUUAUUAUGGAACCCAUUGCUUGCAUUGUUUCAAACGGUUAGAAAAUAGCGAAACCUCCGCUCCCAUCUGGUGUCCCAAAUGUUCUGGGAUCACAUUUUGUAGCAUCGAGUGUCGAGACACGGCUUUGGCCACUUACCAUACACAUGAGUGUCAGUUCCUCGAUCUGUUUAUAGGAUCUGGAAUGUCAAUACUGAGUCACAUAGCAUUACGAAUGGUCACACAAGCCGGUUUAGACACUAGCUUACAAAUCCAUUCCACUUACAUUAAAAAUGACUCAAAAUCCGUCGAAGGCAUAAUUUUAAACGACAUAGAAGGAACUAAAAAAUCAAGAAUAAAAAGUAGAAAAGAAAGACUGAAUAGAUCAAAAAAAUACCUCAAGAGUUUCGAUGAUAAAAAUAUUAUAGAUGAGACAAAACGUGAAGUGGAUGAUAAAACAAAUAUUAAUGAUACAUUAGAAAUGACGGCUGGUCAAAUAUAUUCCCUAUGUACCCAUUCACAAUUGAGAAAAGGUUCCGAUUAUCUGAAAAGAAUAGUAAUGGCAAUGUUUCUCACUGAAUGCUUGAAGAAAGGAGGAUUUUUCAACAAAUUGGAUAAAGAUGCUGCGAGCCGAGCGGAAUCGUCAAUAUGCGAAUUGAUUCUUCACAACCUCCAACUCCUGCAAUUCAACGCUCACGAAAUAUAUGAAACAGUACGGGGAGACCACCAGUUCACGGGCUCCAAGCCGGUGUAUAUCGCUGUCGGGAUCUACCCCACUGGUGCCCUGUUUAACCAUGAGUGUUAUCCUGCUGUGGCCAGAUAUUUUGAGGGUCGGAAAAUAGUUCUCCGAGCAACCAGACCUUUAAACCCAGGAGAGACAGUAUCAGAAAACUACGGACCUCACUUCCUAGUACGGAACCUUAAAGAGAGACGCAGAUCUUUGGCCUGCAGAUAUUGGUUUAGUUGCCAAUGUGUAGCUUGUAAGGAGGACUGGCCGAUGUUGAAACAAUUGAACACUGUUACUUAUUUGAGAUGUCCCAAUAUUGAUUGUACCAGCAAAUUUCCAGCGAAUCCCAAGAGUCUUCCAAACAAAUGCUCUAAAUGUUCGGUGCCAAUUGACCCGAAGUUAAUUAAAAUCUAUUUAGACAAUAUUGACGAUUGCUCUUCUCUUUACCAAGAAGGCGCAAAACUGAUGGAGGAAGAAAAAGCCCAAGAGGCGAUAGCAAAACUGUGCAAAGGUGUGGACUUGUUCCACGAAAUAGCGAAACCUCCGCACAAGGACACACACCUCGCGCAGGAAUCAUUGAGAUCAUGUUACGCUACUUCUGGCAAUGUUUUCGUUGUUUCUGGGAAAUCUACGUAGUUGUAUUUUUGUGUAUUUCCUUACGAUUAAGGUACAUAAUAUAUUCGGAAUGGAAUUGAAGGUAUUAUUUUAUAAUGGUGCAUUUAUAUCAAACGAGCUAAUGCUCAUUCUAACCCGACAAUGUCAAAUUCUUUUAGUGUAAAAACCGUAGAGCAUCGUUGUUCUUAGUGCGUUUAAAUCAUGCGAGCGAAAAGAUUAUAAUAUUAUGCAAUGUUCUAAUACUGAACAUUUUUCAGUGAACAACACUGAAUACGAGUUUUCGUUUACACAAGAUCAUGAAAGAAUACUCUUCUUCCCGCUCUAGCUCUAUGUUCGUUUGAUAUAAAUGCAUCGAACGCGAAAUUGUGAGACCAACAAAUUAUGAUGACUCUGGUACUUUUAAGUUCUAACAAUGUUUUCGUAAUUGUAAAUAAUAUGUAGGUGUAUCGUUAUGUAGAUACUUUUAUUACUUCUAAAGUAGACUUAGACGCAAGAUUAAAAUAUGAGUUCAAUGUUUUGUUGUGAAAGGCGUUAUCAAUGCUAUUUUCUAUUUUUAAAUUCAAUCUCGUCUAGAUAUAUCCAAUUCGCGUCAUGCGGGGGAGGACUUAAUAAACUACGUGUUGAAUAUGAAAUACAAGUGUGUUUUCUUGUUGCAGUUAUAGAAACUAAUCAAGUAUUAUCAUUUACAUCAUAAAUGCACUACAACUUUAAAAUAACAUAGGAAAAUUAUUGAAAAAAAAGUCAUAAAUGUUUAUAACAAAAAAAUUCAUUCCUAUUUAUCAAUUUUUUUUCUUCAGUUCAGUGCAGUCAGUACUAAACACAAAACAAAGCGAUACCGAUAUAUUGACUUGGGCACACAUUGUUAAAAUUUCGCAUCGCUACAAUAGGGAUAUGAUCGACAAUAGAGAAUAGCCGAAGGCUUCGCAAACAAUAUAAAUAUUGCAAGCUCAAAUAUUAAAAUUACACAGGGAUAUAGCAGAACAUUUUCGGAAUUUUUAAUGCAACGUCCUAUACGUUGGACGCUACAAAAUCGAAAAUAUGGGAAUAUUUUUCAGAAAAGGUGCUCUUUUUCGACUUCAUUGUUCUUUCUUUUUAGUGUAGGAUUUAUUCAAAAUGUACAUGCAAUAUUGGUGCGAAAAAUCUGUUGAUUUUUUAUUCGUGUUGCCAGUUUUCGGGAAGUAUUUGUCGAUACUUUUUUGGGCAACCACUAUUUGCAUGUUGUUUGCAACUUACUAGUCAUAGUUUUAUUUGAAAAUUUAGGACUUAUUUCUUGUUGUUUAUAAAUUGAAUAAUACUGUUGAUUAAUGGAGAUGUAGGUACCUAUAUCAAUUUU